AUGACUGAACAACCCGUAAUAAGGCUUGCGACUGAGGACGACGUCCCCAUAAUUCUCCAAUUCAUCCAAGAACUAGCUGCGUACGAAAACGCCUCGCACGAAGUCGAAGCAACCGUAGACUCCCUACGCGCAACACUCUCCUUCCCCUCCUUCCCACCCAAAUGUUCCGGCACCUACACCCUCCUCGUCAGCCCACCGGCGACACCCGCACAGCCCCACCCCGCACCCGCUGGCAUGGCCAUCUACUUCUACAACUACUCAACCUGGCGGUCUGCGCCGGGGAUCUAUCUCGAAGACCUGUAUGUGCAACCGGAGCAUCGGGGGAAAGGAUACGGGCUGGCUCUGCUGCGGCGGCUGGCGGCGGAGAUUUGUAAAGGUGGCGGGAAGAGGUUGGAGUGGAGCGUUCUGCGGUGGAAUGAGCCUAGUAUCAAGUUCUAUACAAGUGAGAAUGUGGGGGCCAAGCCGAUGGAAGAGUGGAUGAAGAUGAUGGUGGAUGGAGAGGCGUUGACCAAGCUGGCAGCUGCCGAUCAGAGUCGGUGA